AUGGGAAGUUCUUGGAGACGUAAGAGAGAAUUGGGAGACAGUGAACUCGGACUAAGACGUUCAAAACGAGGUCGUGUGGUAACGAGGGAAACAAGGACGGUCGCUCUCGGUGUUGGAACCGGCGUUGGAAAUGCCUUAUCCGCCGACCAAUCUUCUUUGAUGUUGUCGUCAUUACCAAAGGAUGUCCUUUUGAACUGCUUAGCCCGUGUCCCUAAACGCUACGACCCAAUCCUCGCUCGUGUUUCCAUAAGCUUCCGGUCCCUUGUGCUUUCACCUGAGCUUGCAAAGAUGCGGUCUUUGAUGGGCACAAAAGAUUACCCUCUCUUGAAUGUAUGGUUUAAGACUGAAACCAUUCCCGAGGAGUUUCAUUGGUUCACUUUUAACCUAAACGUGAUGAAAACAGGUGAUGAGAGCUCAAUCCCGUUUCUUUCUCAACGGACGCUGUAUUUUUCCUCCGUCUCUAUAGGUUCCAAGAUCUAUUUCAUUGGUGGAUCCAUGUAUCAUUCUUCCCCGGAGCUAUUGGAGUUCGACUCCUUGUCCAGCGAGUUGUGCAUGUGUCCUAGUAUGAGGGUGGCCCGCAUGUUACCUGGCGUGGCAGUUUUGGAUGGGAAAAUAUACGUAAUGGGAGGGUGUCCCAAAGACCAGAUUCAGGUUGAAGUUUUUGAACCAAAGACUCAAACUUGGGAAGUUGGGCCAUUAAGCUCUCAAGGAGGAAUCCAAUACAGAGAAAGAUUUAUGGAACAUGGAGCAAUUGUGGCUGAAGCUGUGGCUGCGGAUGGGAAGGUUUAUGGUAUGACUUACAGAGAAGGGUGUCACAUAAUCUACAAUGCAAAAGAUGGUACAUGUGAGACUUUUGAGAUGGCAAAUGAAGAUACAUGGAGGAGAGGUGGGGUGUGUGUGAUAGCCAAUGUGAUCUAUGCUUAUUACUCGAAUUUUGGGUUAAUGUGGUAUGACUCUAAGGAGAAGGUAUGGAGAGUGGUUCAAGGUUUGAAGCUUGAUGAGUCAAUUGACAUACCGGUUGGAAUGGUGGAUUGCAAUGGACAACUUGCGUUUCUGUGGGAAGAUUGUAGCAAUAUUAGUGAUACAACUAAAAAGAAGAUUUGGUGUACGAUGGUCGUGUUGGAGAGGAGUGUAUUAGCGAUUCAUGGAAAGGUCGAGUGGUCUGAUACAGUUGGAUGUGUCCCUCGUGACUACAGCAUUUGUCGUUGUCUAGGUCUAAUGAGUAUCGAUUGGUUCCUAUCGAUUGGAUUAUUGUGGUUUGACACAAAGCUCAACGUUUGGAGAAGACUGGUUAGUCGUGAUGGGAAGCAACUGUCUCUCUUACGUGUGCAGGCUAUGGGGGAAUACGAGGGAAAGCUAGCGGUUUUUAAACCCCUCGAUAAUCUUGACCAAAUUAAUGAAACAAAGAGUGUUAAUGUUAGUAUGUUCUUGGUCACGUUGGAUAUGGUUGGAGAAAAGAUUUGUGGGACGAUCGAAUGGUCUGGUGUUGUAGCGACAAUACCGUAUUCAUCAUAUUGGUGUCUGCAUUGUUUAGCUGUUUCCGAUUGA